UUCGUGCGUCGACACUACGUCUGUUCCCCUCUGUCUUUCCCCCUUUUCCCCCACUUUUCCUCCGUAUUCCACGCACGUUAUUUAUUGUUUCGAUUGUUUCGCGUUUCAUCUUCGGACAGUGAAACAAAAUAGUGUACAAUUUUACUUCGCUUUAAACAUUGUUGACACUCGAAAUAUUUGUUUGGUAGUUAGUUACUUUCCGGCCCCUCUCUAGUCUACAACCAAAACUUAAUGUAACUUUUUUUUAGUUAAGGAUUAGAUAGAUAAGUAAAUAGUUAACAGUUUUUGCUAGUGUUUGGGUGUUUUCCCGUGUGAUGCAGUCGUUUUGUGAGUUUUGUACAAUUACACAACUUUGACUUUCCCGCUAAUGUGUUUGUAAGCUGUAUGCCCGCUCGAUCCAAGAAAGCUUGAUGGGAGGUGCUGUGCUUUUGGAAAAGUGUUUCUUUUGGAUGAUCUUAGUUGGAAAUGUCUUCUUUAGUGGAGUUUUCGCCGAUGGCCAACAGAGGGAGAAGAAAGCAAGCGAAACCUCAACGGAAAAACGUUGAGGCGGGGGAGGGUGCGGCAGAGGCGGAGGCCCCCAUGUCCCCAGACGUCGAGAUUCGCGUCAAGAUCGAACACGAGAGUUCCGGAGACGAGAGUUCGCAGGAGUUGCGAGAGUUCCUCGGACGGACCGACACCGUGGUGGUCUACCCGGAGGAUCCGCAAGGCAUACAACAAAAUACAGUGCCCGUCCCCAAGGAUCGUGCCAGUCCAGAAGAAGACAACUUCAUCAAGUGCUCCUUCUGCGGCCAAGGGCUCCCCAGCUUCCUGGCACUCAAGGAGCACGUUGAUGCUCAACACCCUGGAGGUGCCUUUCCCUGCGUCCACUGCGCCGCCACCUUCCCCUCUCGUGAUCAGCUAGACAAGCACGAACUGCUGCACACUGCUAACCAGCAAGUGUCGUGCAAAGUGUGCAACAAGACUUUUGCCAACGUGUAUCGUCUCCAACGCCACAUGAUCAGCCAUGACGAGAGUGCAGUCCUCCGCAAGUUCAAGUGUCCAGAAUGUGAGAAAGCCUUCAAGUUCAAACAUCACCUCAAGGAGCAUAUUCGGAUACACAGCGGUGAAAAGCCAUUCAAGUGUAACAACUGCGGAAAGCGCUUCUCUCACUCUGGCUCCUACUCCAGUCAUAUGACCUCCAAGAAGUGUCUGGUAAUGAACCUAAAAGUCAACCAGCGAGGCCUCAACCGAGCAGUAGAUCUCAAACAUCAAACCUCCGUGCAACUCUCUGCUUUCAGGAGUCAACCUCCAAUGCCCAAAAGAUCACCUACAAACAACAACAACAAUUUUCCACCUAUCCUCCCCAAGUACAAUGAGGCAACAUCUGCAUUUCUAUCAAAUUUUCCACCUCAACCUAAUAGCGGGAUGCAUCCAUUUUUCUUCCCACCAUUUAAUCAUCAGAACAGUCCUUACUCUUUAAACAACCUGAUAGAGCAGUUCAACAGAACCCCUCCUCCCAGUCAGUCGGAAGUCAAGAUCAAAGAGGUUGAAAAUGAAUCGCCAGAAAAGGAACCAAAAAGUGAAGUAAAGAUUAAAGAAGAAAUAAGAGACGAGAAAGAAUGUGAGGAAGAUCAGAAGUCUUCAAGUUUUCAGGAGAGACAAUCCUCAGGAAUCAACAGUAAUGGAGGUGACUUAGAGGAGGUAAAGAGGAUCUUAGAAACCGUCAGUGCAAGGGUAACCAAACAAUUUCUUCAAGAGAAUAUGCAAAAGCUCUCUCCAGCUUCAUGUAGUUCAGGCUGUCCGAGUGUGAAAAGUGAAGCUGCGACUCCUCCUGCAGAAGAGAGACCAGACACACUCUCAUGUCGGUUCUGCCAUAAGAUCUUCACAUCUGGAAUAGAACUACACCAGCACGAAAGGUACCUCUGCAAUGGAGAUGACCAAAAAAGUGAAGGGUUAGCUGCAAAGUUAGAAGAUGUUGCCACCAAAACAGAAACAGUCAGUUGUAACGGAGUAAGUUAUAGUGGAAGUGAAGAUGAAACAAGAUCUCGGGAACUGAUGACAGAGGAUGAAGACGGUGAAGUAGAUCAAGACGGAAGGAAAGUCAGGGUUAGAUCUCAAAUUUCGGAAGAUCAGUUGAUAAUCUUGAAACAAAACUACACCCUGAAUCCUCGCCCUAAAAGAGAAGAACUUUCGAGGAUUGCUGAGCAUGUAGGGUUGGCUGUGAGAGUCGUUCAAGUAUGGUUUCAGAACAAUCGUGCCAGAGAUCGUCGAGAGGGCAGACUGGUUCAUGUUCCUUAUGUUCCUCAAACUACUUGGUUCCCUGCAGAUUCUCCACCUUUGUCUUCAGAGCAGCCUCUGGAUCUCUCUACAAAGAAGUCACAAGGGUCGUCUCCAGUUGGGUCUGAUUCAGAGGAGGCUAUAAAUUUGACUCAGAAGCCCCAGCUGUUCAUUCGACCCAUGUACCAACAACGGUCACCUUCACCUCUAGACUCAAGUAAAUUGGCCAGGAUGUUGACACAACCAGUUCUCAGCAGGUUCUCAACGAAUGGUGGAUCACCAUUGGGUAUGGAUCGGUUGUGGAUGGCCAGCAGAGAUCAGGCCGCCUCCAGAUCACCCCUUCCUGCCAUAGCUCUCUACAACGGAAACACUUCCCCCUCCCCUACGUCCGACCUGUGGUGGAAAAGGAACCUGGUAGAAAGUGCAGAAGCUGACGAGUUCAUCACUUCGGAUUUGUCUGAUAUCCGAGACCGAGAACGGAGCAGUUUAUCCAGUGGUGGAGCAGUCAAGAGGCCUAAGCCGGAGUCAGAGUCAGAUGGUCAGAGGCCCCACAAGUGCGAUGUUUGCAUGAAGGCGUUUAAACACAAGCAUCACCUAACGGAGCACAAGCGACUUCACUCAGGCGAGAAGCCCUUUCAGUGUACAAAGUGUCUGAAACGGUUUUCUCACAGCGGGUCCUACAGCCAACACAUGAAUCACCGUUACUCCUACUGCAAACCUUACCACACAUGAGACUGAGAUUCCCUCCCCCUCCCCCUUCCUGUACCACUCCACCUUCCUCUGCCCUACCCGUAUCACUACCCUUUGCAAAACCACCUCGAUUACAUCCAGCCUCAAUGAUUUUCGGACACAUUAUUUUAGAGGUAUUUGGUAGACUUUCUUUGUCUUUUAUCGCUGAUAUUUUGAGGUUUAAGACUUCCUAAUGUCAUUUUGAUAUUUUUUAAUGUUAAAUUUUUUUAAAGUAAUAACGAUAACAAAAUCACGAGGUUGUAAAUAUGAUCUUGAUACUAAUCUGGUAUUUGUCUUACUUCGUAAUGUCCGAGGAUCGUUGAAAAAUGUUGAAAUUAUGACCUUUUUCUCAUAUCCGUAGCUUUCCACGUAACCUCGCCUUUUCCAAUACUCCUUGGCAUAGCUUAUGUGUUGCUUAAUGUAAAAUGUUACCUAUAUAAGUACGGUAAAGAUAUUUUUCAGAAAUCUAUCUGUAUAUAUUAAAGUGUACCUGUUCAACUUCGGUGGUGACCUAUUACCUAAUAAUGUUGCCACAGGCCAGUUACGUUUAGAAACACUUUUGCAACAAAAUUUAUUAAUUGUAAUUGUUACUUGUUGGGAGAAAGCAGAUGGUUUAUAAUUCAAGGACUGGAUAUCGGUGUAGAACUUUUUAUCCGCAGUCUUCCAGGAAAUGUUUCUUUUGACGGAUAUUUCAGAAUUUCGUGAUCUCAAUAAAAUUAUUUCUUCAAUAAGGUAUGGAAUGUUCCUGAUGUAUAAAGAGAUGUUUGUGAAACCGUUCGGUGUCAACUCCCCAAAUUUUAGUGUUUGGAUAUGUUCUGACGGAAGUGUCUUUUCGUCAAAUUGUGUUUUAACACUGUUAAACGAACCGGUCAUUGAGGUUGACCCCUGAGUGUAAAUAUUAUCGUAAAUUGACAAUACAUUUUAAAGGAAACGACUCAAUUGCAGUGGUUAUUCAUGCCCAUGUGUGUAUCCGAUCAGUGCGGUUCCUCCUUUACUGUAAACAUUUCUAAUAAUCAGUCAUUCAUAUUGUUGGUCAGCAUUUCUUUUAUUCUAGUCGAGUUUUAUGCAGACGUUUUUCCACCAUUUGACCGUAUCCCAAAGAGCUUUUUAACCUAAUAAAUGUGUCAAAAGUGUCACUGAUUAUCGCCAUUCCUUGUAGGUUAGGACGUAAGUUAUGGUAAUUGUAAGUAUGUACAACAAGCAUCAUUCAUGACAAUAAAAUAACCAAUAUUUUUAUCAAUGUUAAUAUUAAUUUAACAGCUGUUAUUAAAAAUAUUAAUAUCAAACGUGUUUUGGUGGCCAUUUUCAGUGACUUUGUGAUUUUGGACAACUAAGUAAAUAUAUUUGUUAAAUACAUUAGCUGAACUUUUCUUAUUAGUCAAUUUAACUAUUUGUUACCAUAAAUAUUUUUGAGACGUUUUACUUUCAAACAAGGACAGUAUGGAGUAUUCAAAAAUUAUCAACUGACAUAAGAUUUGUUCAGAUUAAAACUUUUCUAACAUUAGCGUUUAGUUUUCAUUUUUAUUAAACAACAAAGAAAUCGUAUACAAACACCACUUACCUGAAAGUGGCCACCAUAUUACCUAUUACGUGAUAUUCUUUUGAUAUUUGAAUCAAAUAGUUUGUGAAUUAAAUCACGCUUGCAAGACAAAGAGGUGUAAGUACGUAUGAUAAUCCUAAGUAAUUAUGCCUCUUCGUCUUGUUAGCUACGAAAUGUAGAGGAUGCGGACCAUAAAAUUCAACUAUUAAAUAAACAAAAUCUUUUGUGAAGGUGUAAAUAGUUUCUGUGCAGUGUGCUUUGUAUUAUUACUGUAUAUAUUUUAAUAUGUAAAGUCAUUUGACUCAUUCCUGUCUUCAAGCAUACUUAUUAUAUAGUUUGUUAAAUAUAAUUCUUAAAUUAUUUAAGCUUUUGAGUUCAAUAUAAUUUUAUCUAUGUUUUGCUUUUGAGCAUACCAACAAAUUCAUUGCCAAUGUCUUUUUGUGACGUAUGAACAGAAAUAGUUUUUGGUUAAAGGGUUUAUUAAAAAAGUAUUGUAUUUUAAAAUUUGAUCGAUAUAGUUUUAUGAAAUGUAUCCAGUAUUAGUUUAUUCUUACACUUGUCUCUGAUGAAUACAGUAGUGAUGUACUUAUGAAAAAAUGUUAUCAAUCAUUUCCAUACAAACAUUUAUGAACUAUUUGUGCAAUAACAUUGAUCUCAAAAAUCAAAAAUUGAUUUCUGUUCAUCUUGGGUUUAUGUAUUUUUGUGCUUCCAUAGCCCUUUUGCUAAUGUUAUUACAGAUCAUAGAUUUAUAUAUUAUUUCUGUAAAUUAAAAAAUAUAUAAAUAUAUAUAUCGGGGGGGAGAUUCUAUAAUGUAAGAGAGAUUUUAUUGUAUUGUAUGUGUAGUUUGUAUUGUAGGCAUUUGUUUUUCUUAACAAAAAUGUAAGGCUCAUUUAUAUAUGUUUUGUUUUGUAUAUUUUUAUGAUUUAUGAUUUAGUUUUCCAUGACAUAAAUAUAGUUUAUGGUUUAGGCGGAGUUUUCUUUUCUGAGAACAAGUGUUUACUUGUUAUCAGAAAAUGUGAACAUACCUAUGAAACCUAGCAUAGCUAGUUCCACCAAAGAAGAUGUAUAUGAGUUUAUUUUUGUGCAAUAAGAUAAUUGCAAUUAUUUUUUGAUUUUACGUUUAUCGUCUUUAUUUUAUAUUUUGAUUUCGUAAAUAUAAUUAGUUGUAAAUUUGGUAUAAAAUGUAUUCAUAAUAUUGCCUAGAUCUGAUAAUUUAUUAUGACGUUGCUUAUAUGAAAUUUUAAAUGAAUCAAAUUGGGCAUUUCACAUGUUCUCUAAAUAUUCUUUUGUAAUUUACUUAUAAUAA